UUUUUCAUCUAUUUUCGUUCUUUACGUCAAAAAGGUGUAGUGAUUUUCUAUUUGUGAUUUUGUUCAAAGAUUUACGUGUAAUUUGGAUAUAAGUUGAAGAUAAAGGGGGCAAUGAAUAACUAUACAAUAAAAUAAUGACAAUAUCUAUGAAUGAUCAACAAGACCAAAUGCCCGGGGAAAUGGGUUUCCCCGAGGCAAAGUUAAGAGCACUAGAAGAAAAAAUUUCCCAUUCACGUUGGGUUGUUCCUGUUUUACCUGAGCAAGAACUAGAAGCUCUUCUUAUUGCUGCUACAGAACUUGCAGCAAAAGGGGAAGAUGUUAACAAUCCACUCUGCCAACGAUUUUACAAUGAUGCCCUCACAGUAUCAUUUACAAAGAUUCUUACUGAUGAUGCUGUAUCAUCGUGGAAAAGCAACAUUCAGCAAUGUGUUAGGUCCAACUGUGAGAAACUUGUCAAACUAUGUGCUUUAAAAUUGGAUGAUCCAAGAUUUCUGAAUUUGCUGUGUAUGGCAUUUACUCCUAGUAACAAAUUUCACACGUUUAAUGCAUCCCGUACCUGUGAGGGUCUCUCUGUGACCACCAGUUCAACAUCAGUAGGUCAAGGCUCUACUCAGGAACCAGAAGUUUUUGCCAAAUCGCAUGAUCAUCGAACACCAAGAGGAUGGCUGGUCCAUCUUAUCAAUGUAUUUGGUCAAGCUGGUGGUUUUGUUAAGAUUCGUGAAAGGUUUGAAGCUAUUAUGGGUUUUCAAAAGCCUGAUCUCACCUCAUCUGUGAACUCGGAGGAAAAGGUUUCUAUGGAAAUAACAGAAAAAGAAACUGAAGAUAGCAAAACCACCAAAGCUGACGAUUCUGAGAGUGCCCCAGUAAUUUCAGAAACUAAUGAGCUACCAACUCCUUCUCGUAACGAACAACCUUCUUCUCUGGAGCAGUCUGCUAGUGGCGAGACACGCGUUGCGGUGGUGUGGCAGCUGCUCCGGCCUAUCGGCGCUUGCCACGAGCAUCUUACUCCGCAUACUGUUAUAACAUACCUCCUCCCUGUUUUGGAAUGCAUCCCAACACUAUUAGACAGUUUAUCUGACGAGGAGUUGAAGAGGGAAGCCCGCGGUACUGAGAAUAAGACUGAUACGGUAUCUUGUUUGAUUCGCGCCUGCAAGCAGGUGGCUCUAAAGACUCCCCAACAUCACAGUCUUGUAAAAUCUCUCGAGAUGUUUAGGUUGAAAAUGAUAUUGCGGUGGUUACAAAUGUCAUCAUUCAAUGGUAAAAUGACUGCGUUAAAUGAAAUAAAUCAACUUAUCAGUUCAAUCGCUCAGCAGCCAAAACCCGAAUGGCUCACGGCUGCGGUCAUGACAAAUUGGAUAAGAGAAAACAAGGUAGUAGAUAUAGUAUUACGCGACUCACUGCAUCAGCCUCAAUAUGUGGAGAAGUUGGAGAAAAUGUUAAGGUUUAUGAUAAAAGAGAAUUCGCUGACCAGAGACGAUUUGGAUGCUAUUUGGAAGGCUCAGCACGGAAAGCAUGAAGCGAUUGUCAAAAACUUGCACGACUUGUUGGCGAAACUAGCUUGGGACUUCACUCCUGAUCAACUGGAUCACCUUUUUGACUGCUUUAAGGCAAGUUGGGCUACAUCUAGCAAGAAGCAAAGCGACAAAUUGUUAGAAGUGAUAAGGAGACUUGCCGAAGACGAUAAAGAUGGUGUAAUGGCAAACAAAGUACUGGUUCUCUUUUGGAAUUUAGCUCAUUCGGACGAAGUUUGCACGGAAAUAAUGGACGUUGCGCUGGCGAACCUUAUCAAAAUUUUAGACUACAGCUGCAGUCAAGAUCGAGAUGCACAGAAAACGCACUGGCUGGAUAAAAAAAGAUUCGAUUACGCGGAGGGUGACAUCGACUGGGAAAACUGGAUGCCUGAUGGGAGAUACCCACACGCUGGACAAGUUCACGAGAGAUUGAGUUUUCUGAGGUUCCUUUUGAAGGAUGGACAGCUGUGGUUAUGCGCAGAACAGGCAAAACAAAUCUGGGUCUGUCUCGCAGAGCGACCUGCGCACCUAGGCGACCGCGAAGCGUGUUUUCGAUGGUUCAGUAAGCUCAUGGGAGAAGAACCCGACCUAGAUCCCAAUAUUAACUUGCAUUUUUUUCGAAGAAAUAUUAUGACACUGCCUCCCAAUUUACUCACACACGCGGGUAUUAAAUGCUUCGAAAGAUUCUUUAAAGCUGUAAACUCCAAAGAAGGAAAAUUGAAAAUUAAACGACGAAGCUUUUUACUUAACGAUGCUGAUCUCAUAGGAUUAGAUUAUUUAUGGAGGGUAAUAACGGAGUGCUCGGACGAGAUCUCGGCGCGCGGCAUCGAGCUGCUGCGCGAGGUGAGCACGUGCGUGGGCCCGCAGUUCUCGGCGGCGCAGCACCACGAGGCCUUCCUCACGCAGUGCUGCGCGCGCACGCAGCGCAUACAGAAGGACAUGGACCAGCAGGAGGAUAUUACUGAAAGUUGUACAAGAAUGUGCAGGGUUAUACGUGCCAUACAGGAAUAUGUAAACGAAUGUGAUAGACGAUUUUCCGCCGAAAGACAAAUCCUGCCGAUUUAUAGAUCAGGGCGGGGAAGACAGUGCACUAUUGUAGUCAGAUUUAAUUUUCAAACUGGCCAAAGACAAAUUGACGACAUUGAACUAUUCUCACAUUCAAAUGAAACAUUGCAUUCGUUGCGUGCAGCAAUCCAAAGAAGACUCAAGUGUGCUACCGAUAGUAAUAUAAAAUUAGAGCUUUAUGUAAAUAAGUUAGAACUGUACGUAAAUGGUGAGCUCUUAGAUUCAAGUCACGACCGAAAAAUACUUGCACAAAUACCGCUUCGGGACAAAACUGUUAUUGUUGCUAAGGUUUACGAUGGGCAAGUGUGUGGCAGUGGAGGCUGCGGCUCCUCGAAUGAGUCCAGCAGCGAUUCAAGUACGUCAUCGCCCCCUCUGCCCCCUACGCCUGAACACGCUUUACCAGGCGUCCUUUUUGCACAGGGAUCAUGGUACAUACCAUUCAUCUUGGAAUUGGAACACAUCGGCAUUACCAAGGGCCAUGCGCCUCUAACUGAGGCCGCACACCUUCUCACUCAGAUUAGCCCGGCUCACAAGCAAACUGUUGAAAAGUUAACAGACGCUCUUUUAUGCCGUGAAGAUACAAAACUGAGGGAUAUGCUUUAUGGACCAGCACCACCCACCGUAGCUUACAAUAUAGAGGUGCUCUAUAGCAUGGUGAUGCCGUCAUCUGAUACACGAUUGGAACGGGGUCGUAACUUUCAGCUAGCUUGCGUCAAGAAAGCUCCUUUGUUAGUUCAGUGCUUGUCGGACAAGGAAUUCCUUCAAGGUGCCGCGCCACAUACAAGGAGGGUUGGAUACUUAGCGCUAGUUAGACUGGCCAAAUUGGCGUUGUAUACUCUGGGUCAUCUUUUUGAAAUACUCGCUCCAGAUGGUUCAGAUACUAACGUGGACAAAGACUUCAGAAUGGAUGUAACAAUCCUAAGAGAGGCGCUGCAAACUGUACCUAAUCACAGCUGUGAACUGAUUGUUAAAGCUAUUUCUGAAAAGCUUGCAAAUGCUCUAGGUGAACAGGUGGUAACGAGUAGCGAGGAGAGUGAUUCCGUGUCUUCUCUGGUGUGGUGGCGAGUGCCUACUACGGCUACUGUGCGAGCAUUGUAUGCGCUCGCGUUUUCUGUCGCACAGCCGGUUGAAAUGAUCGGCAUCGUUCAUCCAGAUGACGUCACACUUGUUCGAGAGUGUAUGGAGGUGGUGACGAUAUGCAUGGCGUUGGGUGGCGGACAUUUGGAUUCUUUACUACACGAAACUUGGUGGCAAGACACUGCUCUGUACCUGAUGAUAGAUUGCCCCAACCCUCAAGUGCGAGUGUCAUCCGCCGAGCAGCUGCUAGCUAUGUGCGCGUGGGGCGGCGGCGGCUGCGCGCGCGCGGCGCUCGCGGCGCUGGGCGGCGGCGCGGCGGGCGCGGGCGCGGCCGGGCCCAGGCUGCAACGUCACGCGACCCACGCGCAGCAGUUCCUGCAGCUGCUGUGCAGACUGGUGGCGCUGGCCGGCCCUACUGAGCGGACGCUGGACGAUCUCGCCUAUGAGGUGGCAUGGCUCCGCGCCAUUCGAGCCAACCCGGAGAAACUAGACGACACUUUACUUGAGGGGCACCUCAACCUCACCAAAGAACUGUUCACGCACGUGCCAGCUCAAGUCAAGUUCCAGUACGGUGCGCACCCGGAUCACAAGGACUCUGGGCUAAUAAAGGAAGUCACAACGGAGUUCCUGUGGCCAUACUCGUGGGCGUGGUGCCGCAUGGGCGCGUCGAGUUCCGGCGGCGGCGAGGAGUCGUCCGGCGAGCCGGCGGCGCCGCUGUGCCGCACGCCGGGCGCCGCCGCCGCCGCCGCCGACUUGCUGCUGGCUCUCGUGUAUGGCUGCGCGCACAACAUGGCGGCGCUUGCGCAACUGCUCGAACAGAUGUUCUAUAGCGACAAGAGCAUGCCACUAUCGGAAUGGGACUACAUGCCGUGCGUGGGCCCGCGGCCGCCGGCGGGGCUGGUGGGGCUGAAGAACGCCGGCGCCACCUGCUACAUGAACUCCGUUCUGCAGCAGCUCUACUGCGUGCGCGCCGUGCGCGACGCGCUGCUCGCCGUGCAAGGUGCUGCGACUGACCUAACUGAAGAUUUCUCUGGUGAAAGCCCACAUCACACUAUUGUUGAAAAUAAUGCAGAGGGAAAUGCUGACUACAACAUCACAAUCUUGAAACAAGUUCAAGCUAUAUUUGCACACUUACACUACAGUAAACUUCAGUAUUACGUUCCCAGAGGAUUGUGGGCGCAUUUUAGGCUUCAAGGUGAACCAGUCAAUUUACGCGAGCAGCAGGAUGCAGUUGAGUUUUUUAUGUCACUGGUAGAGUCUUUAGAUGAGGCUCUCAAGUCCUUGGGUCAGGAACAACUUAUGGCCAAAACAAUGGGCGGCACAUACUCUGACCAAAAAAUAUGUAAAGGAUGUCCACACAGGUAUUGCAAGGAAGAGCCUUUCAGUGUAGUGUCAUUGGACAUUAGAAACAUGUCCCGACUGCAAGAAUCUCUUGAAGCAUACGUAAGAGGAGAGCUAUUAGAAGGGGCUGAUGCCUACCACUGUGAUAAGUGCAAUAAAAAGGUCGUGACAGUAAAACGCUUAUGUCUGAACAAACUACCUCCAGUAUUAGUUAUACAGUUGAAAAGGUUCGAAUACGACUUUGAAAAAGUGUGUGCAAUAAAAUUUAAUGACUACUUCGAGUUCCCUCGGGAACUUGACGUCGAGCCCUAUACUGCGUGGGGCUUAGCGCGGGCCGAGGGCGACGAGACGCUGUGGGAGGGAGGAGAAGAAAAGACGCCCGAGACUCACUACCAGCUCAGCGGAAUCGUCGUGCACUCGGGACAAGCCUCCGGCGGACAUUACUACUCAUACGUCUUGCUGAGGGAUAACGGUAGCGAGACCGGGCGCUGGGUGAAGCUGGACGACGGCGACGUAUCCGAGUGCGUGAUGCACGACGACGAGGAGAUGAAGGCGCAGUGCUUCGGCGGCGAGUACAUGGGUGAGGUGUUCGAUCCGAUGCUAAAGAGGGUACUGUACAAGCGCCAAAAAAGAUGGUGGAAUGCCUACAUGCUGUUCUACACGAGAAAAGAUACGAUAGAAACCUCUAGUCUUGAACAAUCUAUGAAAAAUUUGACCUUAAAGGAAAGUGCCAUACCCAGACCUAUCUGGCUUUCAGUUCGUCGUGGAAAUAUAGCUUUUUCACAUAAUCAAGAUCAAUUUAGCCUGGAACAUUUUAAUUUUAUGAAGAAACUCUGUUGUAUGAGACUUCAAGUGCUGCCUGGUUCACAGAGCGCUGUUUGGAGUAAAGAGCAUGAAGAAAUGUCAAUGUUGUCUGUGCAAUUAGCAACAAAGUUUUUAUUCCAAGUUGGUUUUCAUACAAAGAAGACGCUGCGAGGACCUGCGGCUGAUUGGCAUGAUAUUCUAUGUCAGCAUCUCAGGUGCUCACAGGCUGUUAGAGCGUGGUUUGCAACUGAUCUCUUCAAACACCCACACAGAUUGUGUGACUAUUUGCUAUCGUGUCCUUCCGCCGAAGUACGAUUAGUUUUCAUGAAAAUCAUCGUUUUCUUAGCUCACUUUUCUGUCAAAGAUUCACCAGUGGCGAGCGGCUACGGGUCGUGGUGCGCGCGCGAGGAGGCGUCGUCGCUGUCGGACCAGCUGCUGUGCUGCGCGCGCGCGCUGGCCGACCCGCCGUACGCGGACGCGCACGCGCUGCGCCACCUGCCGCUGCUGUUCAACCUGUUCCACACCUACGCGCUGCUGGGCCUGCACGAGCGCCACCAGCUGCUGCGGUUACGGAUAUUGGAUGUUGUGCUGAGCGUGUGUAUGGAUGACGCAUCUCUAUCUCUCGUAAAGUACCAAUAUCCGGAAUCGGCGAAAAUACAUCAGGUGGUGUACGUGUUAGCGCGUUGCUGCGACGUAAGCGGUCGCUGCCAGUCGGCGGGCGCGGCGGAGGGCGCGCUACCGCUGCCCAACCCGUACGCCGACCCGCCGCCUUCCGGCAGUGCCGUGCAGCGCCCGCCGCUGUCUCCCGUCGCUGCCGACAUACUCUACAAUAGAACUGGCACGUACAUGAAGAAGCUGACCGAAGAGUGCUGCGGCUGCGAGGAGGGCAUCCGCCUCGUGCAGUUCCUGUGCUGGGAGCACGCGGAGUGGUCGCGCGUGGCGCUGGCCGAGCUGCUGUGGCAGAUGGCCUACGCCUAUUGCCAUGAACUGCGCCGCCACGCCGACGCGCUCUCCGCCACGCUGCUCAUGGAGGACAGCUGGCAGCACCACCGCAUCCACAACGUCAUCAAGGGCGUGUCAGACGAACGGCCAGGGCUACUGGAGACGGCGGCGCGCGCGCGCGGGCACUACCAGAAGCGCGCGUACGCGUGCGUCAAGCUGCUGGUGGGCGUCAUGGGCCGCGCGCCCGCCGCCGUGCGCGCCGUGCACGCGCAGCCCGAGGCGCGCCGGCGCUGGCGGCAGCUGCUCGCCUGGCUGCAGGACGAGCUCGACCGCUAUGGGCCGGGAGGUUACGGAUCAUACGGCACGUGGUCUCCGCCAGGCACAUCCAACGAAACUUCCAGCGGAUAUUUCCUGGAGCGCAGCAAUUCCGCGCGAAAAACACUCGAAAAGGCGUACCAACUGUGCCCCGAGGAGGAGGACGAGGACGAGGAGCCGCGCGACGCGCCCGAGAGCUCCGCCGCCGACGCGGCCGAGAGCGGCGACGCCGACGCCGGCGCCGAACCCGCCUCGCCCGACGACGCCGACAGCGCCGACGACGACGACGCGCCCAGCGACGAGGACGCGCCGCGCCUGCGCGCCCGCGAGCACCGCCGCACGCGCCGCAUGCGCCCCACGCGCCGCCGCGCCGCGCCGCACUCGCAGCACUGAGCGGAAGGAGGUACGACCCGCGAGAUCGCCGACGAUCGUGCCGCGUGAAUAGUUUUCGUAGGCUGAGUGUAAAGACACGUUUGCCGAACUUUCGGUCGUGUGAGAGCCUUUUCACCGAUAAUCUCGGAGAUUUAUUUGUAUAACACGGGACGAGACCCUCUAUAAGGAGCGUGAACUAGUAACGUGCCUAUACAGGACCUUUAACACUGGUCCUUCGAGCCGGAUUAUACCCGAUGUCAUUGGAAGACAAAUCGUUAAUGUGAAAUAGCUCUUAAAAUGUCGCACGCCGAAUAAACUAAUACGCAGCGAAAAUUGAAGGAUCAUUAUUACGCCAAAUGUCACGUGAAUUCAGCCGAACAGGUCACUUAUAAACACCUGCGUAUUUAGCCAUUUGUCAGUAAAUGUGUCGCUAUAAUGACGUGGGAACAAAACAUCGUGAGGGUACCAAAUGUCGCUUGGACUCCUUGUUGUAAGUCGUUUUGCAAAGAACAGGUUCAGUUUAUAUAAAACAUACUGCCAGUUUCCACUCAGUGCGAUAUUUCAAGUCAAGUGUUGACCACGCGACAUUUUGGAGUCGCUCCUGGUGACACAUUUCUAGAUGCCCCAAGCACACCUUUUAUAAGCUUAGAUGUUUAGGGAAAACCACGGCGGGUGAUGUGCGACAUAUUUUAUUUAUAGUAAUUUAAUGUAAAUGCUUCUAAAUAAAAUUAAUGCUUACUAUACUUAAGUUAAUUAAAGGCAUUUACUUUAAAAUUACUGUAAAUGUGGAAACUCAUUGGGUUAGAGGGUAUCCCGUCUAUAGCGUGUCAUACAGCUAUCUCUUCGAGGAGGCGAUAUUUAAAUAAACAUAAUAUAGCCUAUAACCAUAUCGCAUCGCUUCAGAACUUAACCGGAUUUAGUGAUUCGGUUAAUGUUAUCCGAGAGAUAGACUCUCAAAAUAUAUGAUUAUAUUAUUUGUUUACGUAAAAUUAUUUUGUACGCACGACAGAAUGAGAGUGUUGUUAGGUGCUGUUGUAACGUUGCGCUGAUAGGCGAUAUCGUUGGUUAUCAUUGGGAGUGUACGUAACGUGUCGGGAUCGAUAGUCGGGCGAAGUUUGUUCCGCUGUGAUCGGCGGAGCGGGACGGAGGCCCGCAGGCCGGGCCGCGCUUAGCCGUAUUUUGUUCUGUGAUGUUAGCGAUACGUGGCGUGUCCGCGCUUGGGCCGACCGGCUCUUCGCUGGCCCGCACGUUCGGUUAUUUAUUAACUUAAUGUUCCGCUUUAAAAGUACCAUAUUAUUUAUUUUUUCUAAUUAAGACCUUGUUCAUACUUCGCGUUUGUAAUUUCGUUUGUCGUUUUCGCGUAUGUUCGCCGUUUCGUUGCUAGGAAUCGUCCUUCGGUCGCGAUGCACCGUGUUCGAGUCUCACUCGAUUCGAAUUAGUUGUAACGCGGCGCAUCAUACUUCGCUGGAUCAAACUUUGUCGUUACUGUUGAAUUCAUUCGCUAUGCUUUUUAGUAGUACACAUUAGUUAGCGAUAGCUAAUGGAUUUAAAUGUUUAUUAUAAUCCUUAUCCGUCUCGCAUUGACGUUUAUUAUAAGUACGAAUGUAAGGACUAGUCGCGCUCUAACUUAUACAAAAAUCUUUGUUACAAGUUACAAUGCUGUUAUGUAUAUCAAUCACUGUAUAUAAAUUUUGGAAAACUACCGACACAACAACAUUAAUAAUUGAUGUAAUACUUCCGCUAUAAAAAUGCGAAAUUAUAUUACAGGUUAUUUCAUUAGAACCGACACAAAUGGAUUUAAUGAAUAGAAUGUUGUAAAUUAUGUUUCUGUUCAAAUAAAUUCAUUCAUGAUAGUUCUAAUGAAACUAUGCUGUGUUUUAUAGGCAGUUUAAUGAAAUAGCUUUUACUUUUAAUGUUUGUAAACUACAGGGAUCGAGUAAUAAUACUAGAACACUUUUUGCUAGAUAAGUGCAUUUCGACACAGUUGAUAAUGUUUAAUUCACUUAAUAUCGAUAUGCAAGUCCAUGCGAACCAGUGACGAUUGUUAAAAUUUUUACUAUAGAAACUAAUAAUGCUAAGUGGGUGCUAUCUGGACGUUGUCAUUGUGCCGCUUUUGAUCAAUCAUUUAAUGAUACCACGUCAAGCUCGUUAGUUUCUUUUAAAGGUCUUUUUAACACUUGAGAUCCGAUUCGCCGUUGACAAAAUUAUACAAUACAGGUUGUCUCAAUCGUUUUGAAAGGUUUCAAACAGUAAAUUUAAUGAGAUACAUUAUGAUUUUUUGUCAGGUCAAGAAAACGGAUUGCGGCUUAGUAUUUUUCUAGUUGAAAUAAAUACUAUUUUAAAUGAUCUAGUACCUAUUUGGAUUAACCUAUGUCAAGAAAAAAAUAACAUGAUUUUCAUGAAAUUUAAUUUCUUAAACUACACUUGCACCUCCCGCAACAAGCACUUUUCAAACGUAUGCAUCCCCACUUCCCACCAACAUUGGUACCAUUUAAAAGCCUAGUUCUAAACUUCAUUUCAUUAAAGGAAAGGUCAGAGUCUCUUCUUAGAGCGACAGGUAGUUACGAUUGAGCCUACUUUUAUGGCUAUAAAACUGUUAAAUUGGGAUUGAUCGCUAUCCAUCUGUUAAAGAGGACACGUGAGAUCAUUAUUUGGUUUUAUAACCACAAAAAUUGGUCUACUUGGUCCCAGAGGUGAGCCCCAAGUGAGGCCUUUUUUCAAGUCACAUACUUGUUAAAUGUUUAUAAAAAAAUUAAACGUGUUUUUCUUUAAGUUUAUUUAUUGGGUUUUCAAAUAACGCCAAUAUUGUUGGGGCAUCAUGAUUGUGUCAGAAGAAAAUCUUUGAAGUUCGCGUCGCGGGAGGUGCGGUUUAUUUGAUGCCGAGUGUAUUUUAAAAAUUAAGUAGGUACCUAUUAAUUUUUAUGCUAUUAUUUAUGUAUAGGCUUUUUGGGACAUCCUGUAUAGCGAGUUAUUCUUAUAUGAAUGCGAUUAUUAGAAAUUCUAAAGAUCCACUGUAGAAUAUCCAAACUCAGGAUAUUUUAAAGUAAAAGAAGAGACCUAUUAUGAAUUAUUGUAUCUUGCAUUUAUGUAUAACAAUAUAAUUAGAAUGAAAAUAUUGUUUAGAGGAACGAAUGAUCAUAGAUUUGUUUACUUAGUUAUAUUAUAUUUCCAAUUAGUUUAUCAAUGUUAGUCUAUUUCUAUUCAUCAAAUACGGUGCAAUUUAGAAGUCGUUUUAAGAAGACGGCAACGCUUGAUGAAAUAAUAAUAUGUGCCAGCCAAAAUACCAAUUAUCAUGGUCUGGUUCAGUGAACUUCAGUGAUAAAGAUCAUCCGUAGCACACAACAUCCUCGUGCUCUUGGGCACCAGACAACAGAUUGUAUUUAUAAUAACUACCAUUGUUACUCUAAAUGGACUUUGACAUAAUAAUGAUUCGUGUUAAUUUUGUUAAAUGUUUGUUUUGUAUUUUAUCAGUCAUCGGUACACGAUUUCAAAGCAAUUACUAACGACAGUAUUAAGUAAGAUAUUUGCAUUAUAGAUAUAAUAUUAAUUUGAAAGAUUAUAAUAAUACAAAUUAUGAUAAAAGAACUUGUGUAGAAAUGACGUAUGCAUUGUCAGUUAUGUAGCUCCAUACAUUUAUUAUGCCUUAUAGUACUGUAGUAAUUAUGUAUCAUGCAAGAUGACAAACUUAAAACCUUUCAUAUUUAACGUAACUAUCAAAUUAGAAAAACUCGUAGAAAAGUUAGCUGAAUCUGCUAAUAAUCCUGCUUCGCGCUAAUGCUAAAAUAAGCAGUUCAGGAGCUCAUCACAAAUUGACUGUACAUAGUAUAAAAUACGAUAUGGCCAGAGAACAAAAUUGGCCUAAAACUGACUAAGCAUAACAACUUUAUUAAUAUUUCGGCUUAUUUCGAUAGAUGUACUAACAUAAUGAUCUUAGUUUUUAAUUCAUGAAAAUGUAGAUAUAGGUAUUAAAGACUAGUCUAACAGGAAAAUGUUGCCACUAUGUCAAUAUUCUGCUUUGUAAUAUAUGUUAUUUAUUUUUAUAUGUCUUAAUUAAUGGUUGUAAGAUAUUUUCCUUCUUUCUAGUAGAUCGUUGUAUCAUCCAGGCUAUCAGGUGAUGCACUGUAGAGUUGUACGUGAAAUUACUUACGUGGCAGAUCUAGUAAAGUGAAACACUGUCAUUUAGUUAUGCAUUUCACUAUUUACAUACUCGUUGAGUACUUUUCUCCUUUACUAUUUCUUGUAGCACUAAAAUAAUACUAAAUACUGGUCGCGUCGACCUUGUGCCUUAUUUUAAUUUUAUUUGCUCAAUUUGCUUGCUCCUGAUAGUCUGCAUAUUGAUCUUUGACAAAUUUUAAUUUUAUCAAGUUCAAGAAUUUUAUAUAGGCUUCAUAAACGUAGAAAGUUUUUGUCACUUGGAUUUUAAUGUACCAAAAGUAUGUGAUGUAUGCUUGGAAGAAACAGGAUAGUGAACAAUUUGAAUUAUUAUUGACUGCUAAUUACAUAAUGCUAACUUUGUUACCAAAGAUGAAGUUAUAGGAUGAGGGAUGCGUGGUGACCCUUUUUCUUAGUAGCUUAUUAGUAAUUGAAAAUGUUUUGUAUCUUUUGUAAAAUGCAAACGUUCAAUAUUCUGUUGAGUUUAAAUGUGAUUGAACUUAGGCUUAGAUAGGAGGAAUAGCAAUGGGGUGUAAGAAAAAAACUAAUAUUUAUCAAAUGUAAUAUGGGAAGUCAUCACAAGUCUGCAUUCAAUUUUGUGGAAAAAAAUGAUUGAGUUAAUACAUUCUCAAUCACAUUCAUAUUUUUAAAGUAUCACACUUGAAAGUAAAUAAAGAUGAAAAGGUCCCUAUAAUAAAAAUUAGGAUGUGGUUACAGUAAUUACCAGUUUUAAAUACAUUAUUCAAUUUGUAAUAAAAUACCAUUGAUAUGAUCAGUCAGUGUUCAGAAAAACUGCAUGCAAGUUUCAUCUUAAAGUGUAAAAUGUCUUAAUAACAAAUAAAUUAUUAUAAGGUCAGUUGAGUUUUGUAUAACAUUUCUAUGGCAAAUAUAUAUACGAAUGGCAUUUGACAUUAUACAAGAAUGCUCACGAAAUAGCAUUCGUACAGAUAUUAUAAUAUUAAAUCAAGAAAUAAAUUCGAAAAUUUUA